AUGGGUAGAAAAAAAAAAACUUUUCAUAAACCUUCAAUUCAAAUCGAAACUGGUAAUGAUAGAUAUGAUAACCAGGCUGGUAGAAUAAAGGCCAUAAAUACAUGGGAUGAUAUUGAACAUGAUUCCGAAGAUGAUUAUCAUGAAAGGAGAGGAAAAAUUUUAAUAGAUGACAGUCAAAAACAAGAAGAAUCCGAAUCAUCCGAAGAAGAAGUAUUUGCUUUACAAACUAGUGAUACAUCAUCUGAAGAAGACGAUGAAAACCAAGAAGACGAUUUAAUGUCUUCAGACGAUAUUGAUGAUGUCGAUGAUUUUGAUUCACAGACUUGGGGUACUCGUAAAAUGAAUUAUUAUGAUGCGGAUGAUUUAUCUGAUUUUGAUGAAGCAAAAGAAGAGGAGGAAGAAGCUUUAAGAUUGCAAAAGAAAAGGAUAAGUAAAAUGUCCGAAGAAGAUUUCUUUGAUGAAGACAUUGGAUCUGCUUCAAAAAAAGAUACGGAUAAAGAGAAUGAAAAAAAACUCAUGGAAAGACUUAACCAAGAGGUUAAAAAAAUAUCGCUUGAAUCCAAAGGUGAAAUCCAACCGGAAAUUAUGAAUAAAGAUCAUUAUUCAAACCUUUCCAGAACCGAAAUUAUAGAAAUAUUACAGGAUGAAUCACCUGAGCUUCUUGAGUUAUUAAACGAAUUUAAAGAAAAACUUUCGAUACUCAAGAAUACGUUAACACCUAUAUUAGAAAAGGCCAAGAAAAGGAACAUUAAAGAUGAUCCAGCCAUGAAAUUUUUAUCUAUAAAAUAUCAUACAUUGUUUAAUUAUCUUACCAAUAUCUCCUUUUACCUUUUCUUGAGAUCGUCUGAAACGCGUCAUUUACGAACGCAUCCUGUAAUUGACGCGCUUGUAGACAUCAGAACAACUUGGGACAAAUUAGAGAUCUUAGAAAGUAAAAUGGAAGAUGUAAUUAACGAGUUUAUCGAUAAGUUAGAAACAGAUGAACAAAUCGAUCAAAAUGAUAUGGCGGUCUCAGAAUCCAGCCCUCAGAAAAAAUCAGAUAAAGAAAAGUCAAUAAAGAAAAAAACUAAGGAAUCAAAUAAGAUAAAAUCUCAACAAUUAGAUGAAGUUAUGAGCGAAGAAAGUGAUAAUGAGAACAUAGAUGAUCAACCAAACAUUGCGGUUACAUUGAUUGAACCAGAAUUUGUGAGCCUCAAGGGCAAGAAAAAAAAGCGUAAAAGAGAGGAUACGGAUUUAGGAGAUUUGGAUGCUUUAGAUGAUGUGGAUGCUAAUGAUAAGACACAAAAAAGAAAAUCACUGCGUCAUCAUAUUGCAAAGAUUGAUCAGACUUUAGCUAAGCGCGAAAAGGCGAUUCGUCUUAGUGGGGAUACUGAUAUACCUUAUAAAGAUAAGGAUAAGAGUGUUAAACCAGUAAAUAAUCAGAAUGAUGGUGACGAUUUGGAUGAUUUAGAUUGGAAUGAUGAUGAUGAAAAGAUAGCAAACGAUAUUGAAAACGGAGGUGAAGAAGAUGCAUUCUAUUUAACAGUGCAGAAAGCUAAGAAAGCUAAAGAGGAACAAAAGAAAUUGGAACACGAACAGUUGGUCAAGAACAAUAAAGUUGUAUAUGAAGAAGAAAUACUUCCCGAUGGUUCUAAACGGCAGAUUAAUUAUCAGAUACUCAAGAAUAAAGGUCUUAUACCACAUCGUAAGAAAGAACAACGCAAUCCACGCGUAAAGCAUCGUAAUAGAUACGAGAAGGCAAAGAAAAGAAUCAAAAGUUUCAAAAGAGUUGUGGUUCAACAAGAAGGAUCUUACGGUGGUGAGAAGACUGGUAUUAAACCUAAAUUGUCAAGAAGCAUUAAAUUUG